AUGACGGAGCCUGCUGAGCGUCUGACUUUAACUGACUUUACACAGGCUAUUGUUUACUUUGACUCCGGAUUCUCAGGGCCGUCGCUGGAAAUCACUUCUACGGAUCAGUGUGUUACCAUUACCAAUACCAUGCCCCCUGAGGUGGGUUCCAUCCAACUCGUGUCAGGUGUCUAUUGCACGACCUACUUUGACACCGUGUGCCAGACCCCUAACCAGCGCCAGACCCCUAACCAGCACCUCACAGGCACCCAGCCUAACAUCCCUGGCCUGCCUGAUGCGCAGUCCAUCCUAUGCAAGCACAUCAACAAGGCCUAG